CUAUGUUUCAUCGCUGAUAUUGACGAGAAUCCAAAUAUGCUUUUCUCAACGACCACAUGAAGAGUAUUCUAAUUUCAUGCUUGAUAUGUUUAAUGCUGGUGCUCAAUCAUGGAGUAAGAAAUGAGGAUACAGAAGAUGAUGAAACUGUGAAUAACUAUGUUGGGGAAGCGUCUGAGAGUCGAUCUUACAAUGAUUGGCAAUUCUUUGAAGCAUCCCUAGUAAACGAGGUGAACGGUACAGUUGUUGGAACAAGAAAUGAAGGUGUGCUCGUUGUGAGUUUAUUCGAUAAGAAAAGUGGAGAAAAGAUGAACGGCACCGUUUGUCCUGGUAACUUUAAUUGGUACACAGCAAAUACCUUCUGUCGCUACCUUGGAAACGAACAGGGAAAGUGGGACAGCAAACCUAACAAUUAUUGGAGACUCAUUUCCGAAACGUUUUUACAACAACACACAAAAGAGUCUAUGAUACUGAGUGAAUUGAUUUGCAAAGACAUUAACAACGAAGUUCUGAAUGCAAGUUCUGAAUGCAAUGUUAGAGUAUCAACAGACAGUUGCAGUAGUAAUCGGAGCGUGUGGCUGCAUUGUACCAACGAAGCAGGUAUGUGGAAUCCUGUGAUACUUGACAAAGAGUAUACGACAAAGCGUAUAUGGUUUGCUGGUAUGUGGAUACUUGACAAAGAGUAUCAGUAUAUGAAAAAGAGUAUAUGGCUUAUGAGGAUCCCUGCUGACAUGGAGAAUUCUUACCUGCACCUGAGAACGAACACCACUGUGGAUAGUCAGGGCUAUAUAUCCAUAGUGUACUAUAAUGAGAAAUACAGUGUACUAGGAGAUAUUAUCAUCCAACUCAGUAAUUCUGUAGGUGGGUUAAAAUUAAGUUGUCAGUCAACCUGGACUCCCUUCCUGACAAAUCUACCAGCAGAAACAGAUAAAAACUGGGUGGUAGAAAAACAUGGUUAUAGGACUAUAAUACAUUGCAACGGAGAACUGGUUAUCAAUAUAACAGCAACCUCUAGAAGGUGUAGUGGAAGAAUCUGGAAGUGGGGAAGAGAAGUGAGCAAAAUGCAAAUAACCCUUCUUGGAUCGCGCGGCUUCCUGAGUGCCUCUUAUUAUAUAGAGAGUGUCUGGGACUUUGAGGGAAAUAUGUCUCUUAUCAACAUGGUAAAUGGAACGAAAAGAUUAAAUGAUAACGGGGGUCUUUUGAUCACAACAUUUAUUGACAAGCAAACUGGUGAGGCGCAAAAUGGACUUGUUUGUAAGAAUUCAUUUAACUGGUAUUCGGCACAGCUUCUUUGCCGGUCAAUUGAACAUCGCUUCUCAGACUGGGGAAGUUAUCCGAGAAACAUGAAAUAUGUUCCAGAGGAAUGGCUGAAUCGAACUGACAAUGACAUGUCAAGAGAAAUGAAUCACGUAAGCUGUAAAGAGAAAGAUACAGACAUAUCAGUUUGCGAUUUUGUUCACAGACUCAACUGUCAAUAUGAGGACAGUAUCUGGCUCCACUGCUUUAGUAAUACAGGAUGUGUUGACGAAAUUUGGCAGCAAUCCAACAAAAAUUGCACUGUGACUAAUAUCGGCGGAUUUUUGAAACACCUGUGUUAUGAUGAAAGUAGAAAAGAUUACUUUCACAUGUGCGCAUAUUCGAACAUUACCUAUAAUGUAAUGAGUACUGAGAGUAAAACACUCUUUAGUGUCUCUACUGUGUGUGAAAAUGACCCGUAUGUUUAUCAGGCAAGUGGUUUUCAUUCGAAAAUUACAAAACAAAACGAUUACCUCUGUGGAGGUUAUUUUAGUGAAGAUAAAAAAGGAGUACGACAUUUUGUAGAGUACUGUGACCAGAACUGUCGAAGAAAUUCUGGUGAGAAUCCGUCACAGAGCUUUAUCAACAGCAACAGCGAUGUUCGGUUCACAAACUGUAAAGUUCACAAACACAGACUCUGUGAUGGAGUUAGUGACUGUGAAGAUAAUAGUGAUGAGACCCUUGACAUAUGCCAACUAACAACAAAGGGCUACUUCAACUGUACUCGCAAGUUUGGUGGCGAUAGAAAUAUGGAAAUACCUAUAAAAUGGAUAAGGGACAAGGAAUCCGACUGUCUCCCUGUAUAUGCUCAUAAUAUGAUCGGAGAAGAUGAAUAUAUUCACAGUCAGUUUUGGAAAAAUUGUGGAAAUAAUAAUCAAUCCCCUAUUUUCGAUUUCGCUAAAAGAAUAGCCAUCGGAGAAAAAACCUGCCAGAACGUUUUUUAUUGUCCGCUUUUUACCGGCUAUGUUGAGUUUGACUUUCUUUGUGAUGGUGUGAACUCUUGUGAGGCAGAGGUUGAAAAUGAGGUCUGCCGAAUUUCGCGAGAUUUCCCAAGUAUCAAUACGUCUGCUGUGAAUGAAAGAUGUGCUGGACGAGAUUUAUGCAAAUUAUCAGACCUUAAAAAUGUACCAUGUCGUACACGGGAAUUUAGGAGGCCAGCAGGAUCUGUUUUUGGUGUUAAGAUAAUGCUUAAUGUCCCGAGCUUAAAGGUGAACUGCAAUAAUCUGUUCGGUGAAUAUUAUGUGUUUAUCAGUUGCAUGGGUUUGUGCCAAAACUCAACAUGUCCUCUUCAGGACACGCUUUUAGAGUAUGAUUCAUGUCCUGGUCAGUAUCCUGACCGAGUUAAAACUCUGGCCAACAACAAUAACCUGACUUUCGUAACAUUGUCUGAUCAUGGUGAAUAUGAAAAUACAUUUUUCCAAUGUAAAAAUACUAAAUGUAUUGAGUAUAGCCAAGUUUGUGACCUUGUUGAUGACUGUGGUGACAUGUCCGAUGAACAAAACUGUACUAACCAUGCGGUGUGUGAAAAUACAAGAAACCUGACUGGUGUAAAAGAGCACUGGAUAGCUUAUUCUCAGAAGUGUGAUGGUAUAUUUGAUUGUUUCGAUCUUUCAGAUGAAUGCAAUUUAAUCUGUGGCAAGGAAAUUAUCAUGAACAUGUUCUUGAAACUUUAUUGCUGGUUGUUGGGCCUUUUAGCAGUCAUUUUUAAUGCUGUCAUGGUAACCAAAGUAGCGAGUUUAGUGAAAGACUCUGAAACAGGAAGCAAGCUAUACACUACAGUGUUAGUUUGUCUAAUCGGAUCGGGUGAUUUCCUGAUAGGAGUCUACUUGGUCGUACUAUCCGUAUUCGACAGUUUCAUUCUCGGAAAGGAUUAUUGCAGGAAGCAAGCUGAGUGGUUAUCAGGAAAUGCUUGUUCUGUUCUAGGAGUUAUCAGUACUACAGGAUCACAACUUUCUCUCUUUUCUAUGACGAUUCUAAGCCUGAUAAGGAUGUGGGGAAUUCUGAAAAGCUCUUUUAGCGCUCCAGCACCUGUCAAUAAAAGAGUAAUAGCAAAAGCCAUUGGGAUCGUUAUUGGAAUCACUAUUGCCUCGCUAUCAGUGGCAAUCAUACCAUUGGUCCCCGCUUUAGAGGACUAUUUUGUGCAAGGUUUCUUUUAUGAUCCACUCUACAAGUUAUUUAUCGGAUUCCCAAACAAAAUAAAGCACAUCAAAAUUCUUCGAGCAUACUAUAAACAAAACAUUUCAACAACUGAAACUUGGGCUAGAAUCGGCAAGAAAGUUGAUAGAAUGUUCGAAAAAAGCUUGAGUAAAAGUGCUGUUCACUUUUACGGUAAUGAUGGUGUGUGCCUCUUCAAGUAUUUUGUUCGAAGUGAUGAUCCUAGAAGAAGCCGAACAACAUCGGAUGUGGAAACUGAAAUGAUCGACGUGAAAGGAAAUAUUAUAGUCUGGCUCAUGUUGGGCGUCAACCUUUUCUGCUUUGUGUUGAUAACCGUGUCUUAUUUUAUGAUCAACAUGAAAUCGCAGAAAUCAUCUAAGAAUUCUGGACAGAACAACAAUCCUGAAGCUGUCCGCAAAAACCGGGUGAUGCAGAACAGGGUUGCGCUCAUCAUAGCCACCGAUUUUGCCUGUUGGGUUCCAUUUAUAAUCAUCAGUGGGCUCCACAAUCUUGAAACAAUCGAUGCUUCAGAUUGGUACGUCACCUUCGCUAUGAUAGUUUUACCCCUCAAUUCGGUCAUUAACCCUUUAUUGUAUGACAACACUCUCCGAGAGUGUUUUGAUGAGACUGUCAAACAUUUUGCUGCCGUAUUCUCGAAAUGUAUAAUAUCUUUAAGAUCGCUUAAAGUUGCUUCAGCAGAGCAAACGCUAGAUACUGCUGAUCAAAUUGCCUGUGAGGGAGCAUCGCUAGUAAAAGCAAACGAGGAUAUCGUUACAGAAACUCCAAUUUAAAUGGAGCCAAACUAAUGAUAAGGAUAUCAUUACACCAUGGACUCUCGAACUCUCAAAGCUAUUCAAAGGACACUCCUUCCUUUCAAGCCACCACAUGAUCACAAAGAUGGUGACUUAAAUGAUGAUUUUGGUACCCAUGAACUGUAAAAGUGACUGCCUCCUCUGUAUUUAAAUAUUUUGAUGCUCUAUGAAUUAUUGUGUUUCGAUGUAAUAAUUCUAACAACCCAUUUUUCUUUGAGCAGACUUAAGUUGGUGUAUAAAUGUGGAUUCUGGUUGGGAG